AUGGGUUCAGAUAAGGUGAAACUGUUGGGUGCAUGGCAAAGCCCGUAUGUCAUGCGGGCCCGAAUUGCUCUCCACAUGAAAUCUGUGGAGUAUGAGUAUGAAGAGGAAGAUCUUUAUGUGGCAAAAAGUGAUCUCCUUCUCAAAUCAAAUCCUGUUUACAAGAAAGUCCCUGUUUUUAUUCAUGCUGACAGGCCCGUCUCUGAAUCACUCGUCAUUCUUCAGUAUAUUAAUGAAGUUUGGGCUUCCGGGCCCGCCAUCCUCCCUUCUGAUGCCUAUGAUCGGGCCAUAGCCCGUUUCUGGGCUGCUUACAUUGAUGAUAAGUGGUUUCCGCACCUGAGGGCCAGCGUACUUUCGGGAGGAGAGGAAGCUAAAAGUGCAGCAGAGAAAACAGCUGAGGGCCUGGUUUUGUUAGAGGAAGCCUUCACAAUGUGCAGCAAAGGCCAUAAAUUCUUUGGAGGUGAAAGAAUUGGCUACUUAGACAUUGCAUUGGGUAGUUUCUUGGGGUGGAUCAGAGUGACAGAACAAAGGGCUAAUGCCAGUUUGAUUGAUGAAUCCAAGACUCCUAAGCUGUCCGAAUGGGCACAACACUUUUGUGCUGAUGUUGUUGUUAAGGAUGUCAUGCAUCAAACUGAUAAGCUCUUUGAGUUUGCUAAACUCUUGGCUGCAAAACAUAAAUCUUCUGGAGAAAAUUAAUUGGCCGAAACCAGGGAAAUUAGAGCCCAUUUAAGUCUUUGUAUAAAUAAUUAAAGUGUCAGGUGAUUGCAUGUUUUGUCCGACCUAUAUUUUAGGGUCACUACACAUUUCGU